AUGGAGGAGAAAAAUUCCACUCAGGUCCACAUGUUCCUCUUGCUGGGAUUCCCAGCCCUAGCGGACUUGCAUGUAUUGUUUUCCACAGUAUUUCUGCUGACCUACAUUUUAAUUGUUUUGGAGAAUGUGGUCAUCAUUGUCCUGAUCAAGACAAACUGUGAGCUCUACAAACCCAUGUACUUUUUCCUUGGUCACCUCUCCUUCAUUGAGGUUUGGUACGCCUCAGUCAUUAUCCCUAAACUCUUGGCAAAUGACAUUGCUGAAGACAGGAGUAUUUCCUUUGUGGGAUGCAUGACCCAACUGUUUUUCUUCAGCUCCUUCAUAUGCACCGAGUGCGUCCUUCUCUCUGCAAUGGCAUAUGAUCGCUAUGUGGCCAUCUGUCAACCACUGCGGUAUCUGGUCAUCAUGACAUACCCAAUGUGCACAUACCUUGUAGUUGUCUCCUGGUUCAGUGGGUUCACUGUGUCUUUGAUCAAGAUUUCCUUCAUCUCUCAGCUGAAUUUUUGUGGGCCCCAUGUCAUCAACCAUUUUUUCUGUGAUGUUAGCCCUGUGUUGAACCUUGCCUGCACUGAUACGUCUCUGGCAGAGAUGGUAGACUUUGUGUUGGCCUUAUUCAUACUGCUUGUUCCCCUCUUCAUCACUAUUGUCUCCUACCUAUUCAUUAUCACGACAAUCCUGCACUUCCCCAAUACCCAGAGUAAGAAGAAAGCCUUUUCCACGUGUUCUUCCCACCUAACUGUGGUCACUGUUUUCUUCUCCACCACGCUCUUCAUGUAUGCCCGGCCUAAGAAGAUUCAUUCUUUUGACUUGAAUAAGCUUGUGUCAGCUGUAUAUACUAUUGUCACUCCCAUCCUAAAUCCCUUUAUUUACUGUCUGAGGAAUCAGGAAGUGAAAAGAGCACUGAAAAAAGCUCUCUGUGAAAUAAUUCCUACCUUUUUUCUGCUCUCCAAAUGCAAGGAUAAGCUAUGA